AUGCAGGAUGAAACCGCUCUUCGAGCCAUCACGACACGCCUAACAACCACUCCCGUCGAUCAUCUUCCUCGAAUAGCAUCCUUUCUCGCAACGGCGUUGGCUCAAUGCCAGCUCGAAGAUCAGUUUUCCGACAGUAAGAAGGCUGCCAGCUCUGUGACCGUACACAAGUUCAAGGCUCGAAUCACUUCCCUGCUGCAAGACAGAAACGCCGCUGGCCGGCUGACCGCUGCUACCCUCAUCAAGGCCAUUGUCGACAAAGGUGGCCCAAAUGUACUGGCGAACUCCGAAGGGUGGAUUAAAGGCCUGCUCAGUUGUUUGAACAAGCCAGAUCCGGUUGACGUCAAGAAGAUCUAUCUGGCAACAAUUACUCGCAUUUUCCUCCUGACUCAAGGCCACCCGACCUUGCUGCGAGAGGUGACAUCGCCACUUCUCCCUCCAUUUGUUACAUCAUGCCUGGGACUGAUCAGGCCGGUGAAAGCAGAAGUUGCUGGGAACCCUGCUGAAGUCGCGAAUCCUUUACUCGACUCGGUCCUUCAGUGCUGCAAUCAGCUUCUGCCACUCCACGCAACCCUCUUCCGCCCGUUUGUCGCUCGCUUUAAGCUAGUCUGUCAAAGUCUACUCGAAGUCAGCGGCACGUCAGCCGCAAUCAGAAAGCUUGCCAUCAAGCUUAUGUGCCUGUCGAUUUCUUGUGCACCAAAGACGUCAGCCUCUCAUGAAUGGACCCAAACUGCUGCUAGUAUCAUCAUCAGCGCGCAAGCGACAGCCGAUAAGUUGUUUAGAGCCGUCAUCGAGGAACACGAGCCGAAUGAUACUACCCACCAGAGAGCCCUCGGGAAGCACAAUUUCUCGAAGGAACCGAGAAUAGCAGACAAGGAUGAAUCGGGGUUGGACAGCUGGACAGGGAUUUAUGAAGGCAGCGUCAGGCUUAUUACGUUGGUUGACUGGUUGUGCGACCUGAUUUCGAUGAAGACACCACUGUCUGUUACAGUACCUCUGGGCUCCAUACUGGAUCUCACAUCCAGGCUUUUGGCGGUGACUCCGCCGGGAAGCAAGUCAAAUGCAGCAACUGCUCUGCGCUACCAUAACGAAGCGAACAGAGAUGAGAAGGAACAGCUCUGGCUCAAUUUACCGCAAAUUCACCUGUCAUGUCUUCGUUUGCUUCGGCGGAUGACUGGAAUCUACGGUUCUUCCCUCCUUUCAGUGGGUGGCGCAAUGCUUAGCCAGACACUAGAUGUCUUUGAAGCUAUGUCACGGCACGAGACCAUCAGGCAAGCCGUGUACAUGAUCUUCAGCGAUGUGCUGGCCAGUGUCGAUCUUUCAGAGAUGGGGCUGAACAAAAAAGUCUUUUCGUACUUGAUUGAGCUUUGCUGUAACGACCUCCAAAGCGGCUUGCUUCCCCCGUCUGGUGCGACAAGACCGGACACCACGAAGGAUGGGUUCUUGGGCACCAGAACUGUGCCAACAACUGAUUACCUUUCGCUGCGAAGGCAGUCCCGGCUGUACCGAACAGCCUGGGAGCUGCUGCCACAAAUUAUAACACACUGCCCAAGUUCGAUGAUAUCCCGCCAAUCCCGGAUCGAGAUGGACAGAUUAUCUAUCAUACUGGAUCACACCGACGCUAUGCUGGCAAGUGUUAUGCGUCCCAUGCUGUCCGGUAAAGGGAAGGCAACGACGGCGAGUCUCACGCCAUUCUUAGCCAGGUCUGCGGCGGACAGAAUCACUGUGGAAGCUCUCCUCAGACCACGAACGUCUGUCGCUCGGACGUUUGCGCUAUCCUUCCCAGGCUCCGAGAACCAUGAGCCCGAAGCAAUCCACGAACAAAAUGGCGAGCAAGGCGAUGAGGAUCCUGGUAUAUCAUCCAAGCUCGAGGAUUCUUUUGAUGCCAUGAACGACACCGCCGAAAGCAAGCAACAAACCACGAAAGACACCACCAGCCCGGCCGAGCACGGUAACGACGAAGAAAUGCUGGAAUCCACGACAAAGAAGCGCACGCUCGAUGCCAUCGAAGGAAGCGACGCUGGUGGUUCGCCCACCGACUCCCAAACAUCAGCUUCGAGGGAAGUGAAGAUACCGCGCUUGGAUGAAAAGGAAAAGCAAGAGUCUGAUCUACAAAGAAGCCAAAUGAACAACAUGCAUAUCGAGGAGCCUCGGACCAGCACGUUUGCUGAAGUGGUCAAUCGUGCUUCAGCUCCAAACGAGGCUCUGCCAUCAGAGAAGACAAUCAGAACUGCCGCCCCUAUUGAUGCCAGUGAUAGCGAUGAUUCGGAAAUCCCCGAGAUCGAUCUGGGAUUUGACACCGAUGAAGAGGAAUCUGAGUAG